AUGAUAGACGAUUAAAUAAAAGACAAGUUUACUUCAACUAAACCAAACAUUCCUGAUGAAGCAGAGUUUGUUAUAGCAACACCAUAAAUAAUAGUUCCAGAGAAAUUAGUAUAACCAACUGGAUAAGUGGGUCCAGCAAGACCAUCAAGUGAAGAAAGUUAUUCAUCUGAUGAAGAAGUUUUUGAGCCUGAUUAUGAGCCAAUUCAAAAAUAAGUUAAAGUGAAUGAAAAUGAUGGAAUAAGGAUAAAUAGAGAUUCUGCUGAAAGAAAAAAGUAAAAUUUCUAAGAUGAAGAUGAUGAUUAUAUUGAUCCUGCUGCAUUAGCUAGAGAUCCUGCAUUAAGAGAGGCAGUUGAAGCAUAAGCAGCAAAAAGAGCUCUUUUAAAAUUCAAACCUUAAAAUGAAGAAUUGCCUUCUAUGGAACUUUAAAAGGAGAGAUUAGCUACUUUUCCUAUAACACACUAAUUAUUAAUAAAAGGACAUACUAAAUAAGCAACAGCAAUUGGCAUAGAUAAUGCUGGUUCAAGAUUAGUUACAGGAGCAUAUGAUUGUGUAGUUAGAUUUUGGGACUUUUAUGGUAUGGAUAAGAAUACACAUAGCUUUAGAUUGGUUACACCAUAUGAAGGGAAUUAAGUUAAUUAGAUAAGUUGGGCAAAGGAUGGAAAAAAUGUAUUGAUAAUUUGUGCUGAUGCAUAAGCAUGUGUAUUAGAUAGAGAAGGAAAGAGAACUAUGGAUACUCAUAGAGGAGAUAUGUAUAUUCGAGACAUUUUAAAAACUAUUGGACAUACAGCAGCCAUAAAUUCUGGUUGUUUUCAUCCAGAUUUUAGUGAUGUCUUUGUUACUUGUAGUGAUGAUGGAACAGUAAGGAUUUGGGAUAUGACUAAAAAACUUUAUGGAGUUGCAUAAUGUUUAACUCAUAAAGAUGCUGUUAAAUGUGUUGAUAAAACAGGUCAUAAAGUAUUAGUACAAUGUGUAACAAUAAGAGGAAGACUUUUGUUAUGUGCUUGUAGUGAUAAUACUAUAAAAGCUUAUGAAGUCAAUUAAAAUUGUAGAGAAAUUAAAAAAAGACCAUUAUUUAUAAUACAAGAUGCUCAUAAAGGAUUUGUUACUAAAAUUAAAAUUUUAGCUGAUUAAAAACGAUUUAUUACAUAGAGUGUUGAUAAUACUAUAAAACUUUGGGAAACUACAAAUACUAAUCAUCAUAUUUAUCUAUAAUAUUGUAAUAUUAAUAGAUUUCCACCAACAAGAUUUGAUUUAAAUUUUAAUGAAAGUAUACUUGUAACAGCUCAUCACACUUUUAAAGAUGGAUAUCAUAUAGUAGGACCAACUGAAUUAUUAUUCUUAAAUGUUAAUGAUUUAAGUAUUAAUUGUAGAGUUUAGUUAUUUGAUUAAGCUAUUACAGAAGUUUUAUGGCAUCCAACAUUAAAUUAAAUAUUUUUAGGAAGUGAUGAUGGUCAUGUUAGAGCAUUGUUUAAUCCUAAAUUAAGUUAAAAAGGAGCUUUAUUAGCAACAAAUAGAGCAGUAAAAUUUGUUCAUGCUGAAAAUAUGGAACUUGAAAGACAUGUUUUAAUUCCUGAAAAUUUAUAUAUUUUUAAAGUAAGUGAAACAGUUCAUGGAGGAAUGAAAAUUGUUGAAGAAAAGAAAAGUGUUAAAGAUUAACCAAGAAAGCCUGAACCUCCAUAAAAAGGUCCAGGAAAAGGAGGAAAAAGAUCAGGACCAGCUACAUUAACAUAAAAUUUGAUGAGCACAUUAAAUGAUAGACCAGAAAAAGAAGAUGUUGUUGAAGAAUUAACAAAAUUGGAUGCUAUUACCAAAGCAAAUCCACAAUAUGUUGCAUAGGCAUAUAAAUAUACAUAACCUGAUUAAAUAUUCGACUACUCUACAAAUUAAUAAUAAGAACACACCUUCUUAUCCUCAAUCAAAAAAAUAUGUCCUCAUUGUGGUAUGAAGAUUUGUGCUUGUAAAAGAAAAGUAGUUUGA